AUGCUAUCCUCCAUAGUGUUUUGGGGACUCAUUGCCCUCAUUGGUCCUUCCAAGGGCUCGUACCCUUUUACUCACAUGAUGAACCCUCACCUGCAUCCUCGUGUGUACCAUGGGUGCUAUGGGGACAUCACGACUAUGGAGACCUCUGGGGCAUCCUGUGAUAUAAGCCAGCUGAUUAGCUGUGGGAUCCGUGGUUCUGAAAUGUUUGCUGAGAUGGAUUUGAAGGCCAUAAAGACUUACCAAGUUAUGAUCAAAGAAGUUGGACAGAGGCACUGUGUGGACCCAGCCCUCAUUGCAGCCAUCAUCUCCAGAGAAAGCCAUGGUGGAGCUGCCCUGCAAGAUGGCUGGAACCACAAUGGACUUAAAUUUGGCUUGAUGCAGCUUGAUAAGAAAAUAUAUCACCCUGCUGGUGCCUGGGACAGCAAAGAACACCUUUUGCAGGCUGUUGGGAUUCUAACAGACAAAAUUAAGGCGAUCCAGAAAAAAUUCCCCAUGUGGAGUGUGGCUCAGCACCUCAAAGGUGGUCUUUCAGCCUUUAAGUCAGGAAUCGAAACCAUUAUCACCCCCAUGGACACAGACACUGAGUUCGUCAAUGAUCUUCUUGGUCGAGCUAAAUUCUAUAAAAGGCAUGGGUUCUAG